AUGAUUGACCCUCAAGAAGUGCCUGAGGUGCUUCCCAACAGCAUUCCGGUGCCCAGUGCGAUUGUGAGCUCUGCUUCAUACAUUUGGUUCUACUUUAUUAAGACGUUCAAGCUGAUUCCAGGAGCACAUUACAUCAUUGAUUAUGUGAAGAAAUCGCACCAAGAUGACCCAUACAGGACGUUUGUGGAGGCACUAUUGAUGAUCUACAGUAUUGUGUACUUCCUCAGCAAGCCCAAGAAGAAGGGAGCUGUGGACCAGCCCAAGUUGAGCGAGCGUGAGAUCGACAAUUUGAUCGAGGAAUGGCAGCCUGAACCGAUUGUGAUGCCUGAUAAGCGGACCGAGUGGAGGUUGGCGAAGAUCCCAGUGUGUGAAGGUAGUGGGCCACGUAAUGUGGUGGAUAUUACGCGUGACAAUGGGAAAGAAGCGUAUGCGUCGGUGUUUAACUUGUGUUCGUUCAACUUCCUCCAAUUGACGGCACAUCCAUCGGUGAUGCAAGUCGCCAAGGACACGAUCAAGAACUACGGUGUCGGGUCGUGCGGUCCUGCUGGGUUCUACGGUAACGAGGACGUGCACUACAACUUGGAGUACGAUCUAGCGGCGUUCUUUGGCACGGAAAGCUCCGUGCUCUACGGACAAGACUUUUGUGUGUCCUCGAGUGUCAUUCCAGCAUUCACGAAGCGUGGUGACGUAAUUGUUGCUGACGAUAAGAUCUCAUUGAGCUCGCAAAACGCGUUGCAAUUGAGCAGAUCCACGGUGUACUACUACAAGCACAACGACAUGGCGUCGUUGGAGAAUUUGUUGCACGAGUUGGACGAGGCCGAGAAGAAGGAGAAGCUUCCUGCGAUCCCACGUAAGUUCAUCGUCACGGAGGGGAUUUUCCACCGUACCGGUGAGAUCGCUCCAUUGCCCGAGUUAGUCCGUUUGAAGAAUACGUACAAGUACCGUUUGUUUGUGGACGAGACAUUCUCGAUCGGUGUAUUGGGCCGCACGGGCCGUGGCCUUGCCGAGUACUACAACGUGAGCCGUGCCUCGACAAUCGACAUCACCGUGGGGUCGCUUGCUACCGCGAUUGGUACCACAGGUGGGUUCGUACUGGGAGACAGCGUGAUGGCCCGCCACCAGCGUAUCGGCUCGAAUGCAUACUGUUUCUCUGCGUCGCUACCACCUUACGCGGUGCGCACCGCGUCCGCGGUGCUCAAACUAAUGGACCAGGACAACUCUGCGGUGCUGAAACUACAACAGCUAGCCAACAACCUACACGACUGGUUCCAGCACGACGAGCAGCUAAACAAAAUCAUCGAGGUAACGUCGCAUCCGGACUCGAGCGUGCUACAUUUCAAGCUCACGGACGAAGAACGUCUUGCCAGAUUCAACUCCACCAUCGAGUCCAUCUUCCAGGAGUCCCAGUACCAACAGCAACACUGCAUUUCGGACCACUACGUUGAGGCCUGGGAACAAGAGGAGAAGUUCCUACAGCAGAUUGUCGACGUUGCGCUCGAAGAGGGCAACGUCUUGAUCUCAAGAGAUGCCGUAAUUCUAAAGCAGGAAACGCUACCGCUUGCCCCCAACAUCAGCAUAUGCUGCAACGCAGCCAUGGACGACGUCCAGCUCUACGAGGCCUUCAAAGUCGUCAAGGCUGCCAUCGUCAAGGUGUGUGCAUAG